UUUGCGGGAAAUUCUGGUAAUUAGCUCAAGAAACGUGAAUAAAAUGGAAGUAGAUGAGGUCGACGAAAACUUUGACGACUCUUUUGAUCCUAGUGUAUUUCAAGACCUGCUACCUAUUUAUUAUAGACGUUUAUUCCCGUUUUCAUUAUAUUAUAAGUGGUUACGAUAUGACGAUGAUAAGCAGUUUACAAACAGAGAAUUUUCUUUUACUCUGAGAGAUGAUGUUUACAUUCGAUAUCAAUCGUUUAAAGAUGAUGAAGAAAUGAAAAAGGAAGUACUUCAGCGAUGCCCGGUUAAAAUUGAUAUAGGUUCUGUAUAUAAUUUCCGACCAAGUGAACAGAGAACAGCUUCCAAUUUUCAUCCUUUGACAAAGGAAUUGGCAUUUGAUAUUGAUAUGACAGAUUAUGAUGAAGUAAGAACUUGCUGUUCCGGUGCAGAUAUUUGUAAGAAGUGCUGGCCACUCAUGACUGUGGCUUUGAAAAUCUUAGACAGAGCUUUAAGAGAGGAUUUUGGUUUCAAGCAUCUUCUUUGGGUUUAUUCUGGUAGAAGAGGAAUUCAUUGUUGGGUGUGUGACAAACAAGCCCGAGAACUAACACCUGCAGCUCGUACAGCAAUUGUUGAAUAUCUUAGUCUUGUAAAAGGUGGCGAGUUCAAAUCAAAAAAAGUCUACUUGCCAGAAACUUUACACCCAAGUAUAAAAGAAGCGCAUAAAAUAAUUGAUUCAUAUUUUGAAGAUCUUAUGUUGACAAAACAGUGCAUUCUGGACAGUCAAGAAAAUUGUGAAAAAGUUAUUUCCAUGUGUUUAGACAAUAAUGCUAAAGAAUACAUGAAAAAUGAAUUUGGAAAUUGUCAAAAUAGCAAAAGUAAAUGGGAGAAAAUUCAAGAUAUUGAUAGCAUAGCUAUGCAUCAGAAAACUGCAUCCAAAUCUAAUCGAAACAAGCAUUUCAUCAUGGAAGUAAUGUUGCAACUCUGUUAUCCUCGCUUAGAUAUAAAUGUGUCCAAAGGCUUGCACCAUCUUUUAAAAGCUCCAUUUAGUGUUCAUCCAAAAACAGGCAGAGUGUGUGUCCCUAUCGAUGUAGAUAAAGUAGAUGAGUUUGACCCUUUUAAAAUACCUACAAUAUCGAGCUUAUGUAGAGAAAUUGAUAAAUAUGAUGCUACAGUGCGAGAGAAAAAUGAAAGUGGAAAUGGAGAAGAUGUGGCAAAAGUUGAGGAUUAUAAUAAAACAAGUCUUAGCAGUAGCAUAAAAUUAUUCAGAAACUUUGUAAAGAACUUGAGCUCUGAUUUUGAUCAGUAAUCUUAAAUUAAUACAAAAAAUAUUUUUGUUUUCUAGUUUUUAAUGUACAUAUUGUGAAGUGAUUUUAACAAAUAACAUUUUUAAAAAUUUGAAUGUAAAAAUGUGU